UCAUGCAUAAAAAUGCUGUUGUGAUCGUCAUGAUUCUCUGAAAAGAAUAAAAUUUUGGAAUAUCUUUAGUUUUCUACAAAUGUUUACUUUUAUUGAUAAUGUUAGAGACGAGUUAUUAGGGGAAUUUAUAGACAUACUUGAUACAAUAUCUCUUGGGAGCCUAAAUCUGUAUGACAGGAUAACUGGUAACCUCAUAACAAUACUUCGGACCAACUUCAGCAAACCUAGAUGCGGUGACGAACUCAUUGUAUAAAUAUUAGAAUUAAGGAGUCCUGUGGUUAAAUAACAAUACAAAAUUGACGUGUUUUUUUUGUAAAAUAAUCUCAAAAUGGAAGAGACACCAGCAGAAGGUACAGAGACACCAUCUGAGGUACCAGAGACAACUGGUGAACAGGAAAAGGUUGAGGGAGAAGAGGGUGUAAAAGAAAUAGGCGGCGAGGAAGCAGAAGGAGAGCAAUUGGAAGGUGAACAUGUGGAAGGAGAAACGGUUGAAGGUGAACAUGUUGAGGGCGAACACAAAGAAAGAGUCAUGGGGGAAGGGGAAGAAUUGAUGGGCGAGGAAAUGGAAGGAGAACACAUGGAAGGCGAGGAAGUUGAGGGCGAACAGAAGAAGGAAGAACAAAAGCCCCCUGACGAAGAAGUAGUCGAAGAAGAAGAGGGUUACGUCGAAGAACCUCCUCCAGACCCCACUGCGCCGUUUAACUUCAGUGAUUCAAAAGAAGCCCUCAAAGAACCAUUCGAGCUGCGACCAGAUCAGUUGGCUGAAGUGGAGCAACUCUGGGAACUGUACCAGAACUAUACACCUGUGUAUACUGAUAUCGACAACUACAUUACUGAGAAAGAACUGAUUUAUAUGUUGAAAGCUCUUAUUCUCAUGACAGUGACUCCAGAGCAACUGCAGGAAUUGAUAGCAUACUGUGUGAGACCACCUCAUCCUCAAGGACACAUCACGUUCGACCAGUUUGUUAAGAUGGUGACGAUUCGCCAGAGAGACUUUCCCAUAGAAGACGAAUUAAGAUCUGCGCUGCAAGUCCUUGAUCCAGAUAAAACUGGUAGUAUGGACAGAGAAGCAUUGAAAGAGCUUCUUUCUACUAAAGGUCAUAAAAUGCCACAGAAACAAUUGGAUAAUCUUAUUAAGGAAGUAGAUAUGAGUAAUGAUGGUACCAUAGGUGUCGAAGACGUCGUGGGUACUAUGUGUAUUGACUUGAAUAAAGAAGAUUUACAAUUGCUGUUGGCAUCGAUAUAUCCACCUGAAGAUCCACCUCCUGAACCGCAAGACGAUAUGUGAAAGUUUUGUAAUAAUAAACAAAGUUUUGUAGUAUUCUAAACAAUCAAAUAUUUUGUAUCU